GGUUACGCAGGCCGUCCCUUUCCCUUCGUUUGCAUCAACAAGCAACCUUGACUGUUGUGUCUGGAGCAGGUGUCCAGUCACCUCUAUCGGCCGCGCCAUCGUUAUCCCAUUCAUCAUGUCUUCCUUCACGAAACUCUUGACCAUGCGGUCGGCUCUGGUGGCCUCGGUCCUCUUUCUGGCUGCCCAUGUGCCCACGACCGCUGCCUAUGACGAAGUUUACAACGGAUGCUACUCGAGCUCAACGCCCUUGGAGGACCAAGGAUCAUACACCUACCAAAGUAACGGAUAUUGCCAGAAGUUAUGCUUGAAGGACAACUACGCCGUGUUUGCGCUCCACAACAAACAAGACUGUCUCUGCGGAAAUGAACUACCGGCGUCUUCGGACAAAGUAUCGGAUGACGAAUGCAAUCUCUCGUGUGCUGGCUGGCCAUCGGUCAUGUGUGGCGGUGCAAACACAUAUUCGGUCUAUCUAACAGGUAUUGAGGACGACGUGGAUAACUACUCUUCCUCGAGCAGUACUUCCAGCAAGAGCACCGAAGGGACGUCGACUUCGACAACACAGACACCCACAGUCCAUGCCGUCACGAGCGGCGGGCAAACAGUCUAUGUUACCGAAGCUCCUGCCACCCAUUCCGCCAAUGCAAGCGCUACCCCAACCGAGAAGUCAAAGAGCUCAAGUGCGAACACUGCUGCGAUUGCGGCAGGUGUGGUCAUCGGAGUAGUCGGCCUGUGUGCGCUCAUCGGUGCCGGGUUCUUUCUCUGGCGUUUCAAGAACCGUAAAUCGGUGGAAGCGCAAUAUCGUCGGAGUGUUGGCGUGGACGGUUACGGACAGCCCAUGGCACAGGGCAGUGACUCCCGAUUCGAUGGUGAUUUCAUGGCUCAAAAACGGCAAAGCAACGGCAGUAUUGACGAUGAUCAAGACUUCUCCCGUCGUAUCCUGCAGGUAACCAACCCCGACCGCCGCUAAGAGUCUCCAAUUCAUCCUGGCAAGUCGUCGCGUACUUGCGCCAUCUGAGUCACGUUCUCUCUUUCCUGCCACCCGACACUCCUCUCGCUUGUGAUAUUGCCUCUUCUAUGAAAGACCCUCUUCUUCUCAAUAUUCCCCUUUCUUGCCGGGCUAUUUAGCGACCUUGUGAUCUCAAUAUCAGAACAUGUUAUCGGACAGAAUCCCACAUC